CUUCUCAGUCAGAGGCUCAGACCCCCACCCACUCUUGCGUCUGAUAGAAGGAAGCCAAGGGGUGGCCAUGGUUCCUGGGCGCCUGUGUGAUUCUGUGCCCAGAUCGCCGGAGCCCCCAUCGGCGACAGCAACUAGUGCGAGGAGGAGGCAGCGGCGUCCUCGACUGGGGGAAGUUCUUCUUUUGCUUCUUUUUCAGCUUUGAAAGCUCCAUAUUUGAGACAGUAAUAUUUUGAUUUGCUUUACAACGGUAAUGUAAUACUUUUUGUAGAACUGUUUAUAUUCCUUUUCUUGUACAGGUAAGCCAUGAUUGAAUAAGUUUUUUAUUUUGUGCACUAUGACCUAGUGUUGCUGGUGUAUGAGCAUAUCAUGAACUAGCGUGAUCAUCCUAGAGUUAAUAUGUUUGUUCUAAGGGGUGUUGAACUGUUGAUUCUUGAAAAUAAUAUCUUUAUAUUUGAUUUGAUUUGCCAAGACGCUUUUGUAUAUGAUUAAAAAAUUAAAACUUGUAGCAGUUUUUGGCUGGUUAGGGAGUAGUGCUAUUUUUUUGCUAGAUUACUGAACUCUCCCUCCCUCCCUAGUUUUGUGUAUGUGUCUUUGUGGAUCACCUAGAGCUUAAUCAUAAUUUCACACAGUUAGGUGCAUAGAAUUAGUCAGUUAGAAGAACUAAAUUUAUACUAUUCCAGGAUGUGUCAUAUUUAUGUUCUGACAUUCAAGCAAAUUAUUUUUCAAUAUCAUGUUUGUUGUAGCAAAUUAUUUUUUUUAUGAUUAUGCAUGCAUUCUGCAUCAUAAUGGUUUGAAUCACAGUAUGUUGAUGUUUGUGUCCCCAAACUAAUAUAGAUUGGUGUAUGUUUGUACUACCUUUUCUUGCUGCUUCUUUUGCUAGAUGAGUCAACUUGCACGUGGUAAUUUCUAUGAUGAUGUCCAAGAUGAUCAUGAGUAUUUAGACUCAUCUGAGAGAGAUACUGAUGAUGAAAAUUAUGAGGGAGCUCCAAAUGACAAUGCACACAGUCAUAGUUCUGGUUUUGUCCAUUUGAGUUCACUUGAUGAUGAUGCACUUUUUAAUAUGCUAAAGAAAUCAGUAAGUUAUCUUUUUUGCAUACAGGUUAGCUCGGGUAUUAGAUCUUCAAAAACUAUCAGUAUGAUGGACGCUCCUGCUCCAUCCUUCCGUCUGCUUGAAGAAUUUGAUGACAAUGAUAAUUUCAUUGACGAUCCACGCAAACGUAGAGCUGCUGGCUUACCUUGCGAUGGGAAUACAAUCUAUGAUUAUCCCACAUGUGUGCCAUAUCAUGAUGAGGAGCACAUUGUGCCAAACUCUGAAAUUCCAGCUCCCACCCACAGCACAAGCCAUUGUAAGCCCGCACACAACCCAAGUAUUGCCGAUGAGCCACCAGGUGACGGCAUCAAUGCUGAUCAUCAUCAGGAUAGCCCUGUUUUCGAUAGAACACCAGAUGCAAAUUAUGACUCGUCACGCGAAGCAAUUCCACUAGCAGCUGUUGACAUUCAAGGCCGUCUCAUAUUACUAAGCCCCCAAGAAUCACCUGCAACCCUGAAGUUCAAAUUACUGGAUUCAAGAAUUUCAAUGCUUCCUGCAGCACAAUGGCCAAAGAAGUUGACGAUAUCUACAAUGCUUCUUGCAGCAAAGUUACCAAAGAGCACUGAAGUAAUCAAUUAUGACAAUGUUCAUGUUAGUUAUCAGCAGCUAGCAACAUUGAGGCAUUCUGAAAAAGUAUAUGUUGAUAAGUUUGUCAUCAAUGCGUUUUGCCGGAAGAUGUUCAAGGAUAAGCACCCUAAAGAUUCUCGCUGUCAUUUCUUCUUCUCCACAGUUGGUGAUUAUCUUAUGAACCAUGAAUGGAACCAGACUUUCUUACAUGACACUUGUCGGAGAUGCUUCACACUUGCAAAUGGAUGUUUCAAGUUCAUAGCAUCAGAUUACGUAAGCAGCACAUCUCUUUUCUUCCCAAUUCUACAUGACGACCACUGGUUCUUGUUCAUUGUCGCUCUACAUGAUGGUUACUUUAUCUUCCUCGACUCAUUCUUCCGUGAAGAUGAACUGUACCAACAGAAUGUUAGAAGCACUAUUAUACCAAAUUUUGUGAGAGCCUGAGAUGAAUUCAUUGGUGUAGAUUGGAAUUUUCAUGAGUUUGUCAUCCACUACGCACCUGUUCCGAAGUAUGAUAUGAAGUUUUUUUCAAAGUAUGAUGAUGGAGUUUUUGUGAUGAAGUUUCUGGAGUUGUGGGACCCACACGUCGACAUGUUACAAAAAUUUUCAUCAAGUAAUAUCCCAGAUAUCAGGUGCAAUACAUGAAUAGUAUGGUAUUUAGCCACCACAACAGCAAUAGUCAUGCGAAGGAUAUGGUCAGCAAUCAUAAAGCAAUGCUGGAGCUGAAGCGAAGACCUGGAUUCCAACCAUCUAGUUCUUUGCAGUUCUAAGAAUGCGGAUGAUGUUUUGGGGUACAAUGUGUGUGUGGGGGGGGGGCUGGUGGAUUAGUGUAGUGGUGCUUGGCCUGCUGGCUGUCAAGACUAGUGUACCCAACCGUUGAUUUUGUUUUCUAAAUGCAGAACUGUUUUGUUAUGUUCGAAUGUAUAACCUUUUCCUUUCUCCUUUUGCUACUGAUUUUUUUUCAUUUCACGUGUCU